GAAAAAUAAUGAUAUAAGCUGUUUCAGCUAGUGAUAACAACAGAGGAAGGAUUAUUUGUUGUUUUCCGCUUGUUUGCCUUCUGUUCAUCGCCAACCGUGGCAACUGUGGCCCCAAGUGCGUAGAUAUUCUUCAUCGCAAACCGUCACUAAAAAUAAAAACCUUGCCUCUGUCCGGUCUGGAAGCGAAGCUGUUGCGUGUGUGUUGUGUUUAUUUGUGUACACGGCCCACAAUCAGUAGUCGCGUUUGGAGGAUCCAUCUCGAAACUUGUGUUCCUUGCUCUCACCCUCCGUAGCAGGAUUACGAUCGACUGAAAACUCGGGUCGGUGAACUUUGGCCGGAGGAUAUCGAAAAGUGCUCCGCAAUUGUGCAAGGAAAAUCACCAUGUCCUUAGCAUCACUACGUCACGCACGGGCACUUCUACCGCAGCCGGUUAGGACACUGACGACGGGCAGCGCCCUGCACAAGGACGAAUCGUCAUGGCUGAGCAAGCUGAUGGUUCGCAAGAUCGAACCGACGAAAAACUCCCACAGCCGGAUGCUAAGCGAGAAGUUCGAAAUCUACGAGCUACACACGCACAAUGUCCGUCCGGAUUCGGUCGGAAAGUAUCUGGAAAAUUACAAAAACUCGGUACAAAUCGUACAAUCAAAGGGGAACCUAUCGAUGGAACUGAUCGGCUCGUGGAAUGUGGAGGUGGGCGAUCUAGACCAAUGUCUCCACCUGUGGCGCUAUACCGGUGGUUUCGAGAUGGUUGAUCAAGCAAAGCGUGAGCUGAGCAGCGAUAAGAGUUACGUGCAAUUGAUGCAGGAACGAGGCACAUUUCUGCGAUCCCGGCACUUGCAGUAUCUGCUCGCAUUCAGCUACUGGCCCCAGCUGCAGCUGCGCGAAGGCAAAAAUAUAUACGAAAUUCGUUCCUACCGGUUGAAGCCGGGCACCAUGAUCGAGUGGGGCAACAAUUGGGCCCGGGCCAUCAACCAUCGUCAGAACAACAACGAAGCGUUUGCCGGGUACUUCUCGCAAAUUGGACGCUUGUACAACGUUCAUCACAUUUGGUGUUAUAAGGAUUUGCAGGGCAGAAAGGAAACGCGUGAAUCGGCUUGGCGAUCGCCCGGCUGGGACGAAUGUGUUGCGUACACUGUGCCACUGAUCCGCGAAAUGCACUGCCGCAUUUUGGCCCCGACGGAGUUCUCACCGACCCAGUAGUAGUAGUAGCAGUCGGCGUGACGCAUGUUGGAUGUUGUGUUGCCUUGUUUCCUAACGAAAAUCUCCGCCACAUAUUAUGGGCGUGUGUGUUGGGUCAAUUAAUUAGUUCCAAAUGGCAUUUUUUUUCAUUCUUGUUAGACUGUUCUAUCUCAUUCACAUGCAUUUUGUUUCGCUUCUAACCGUUUCUGGGCAAUAGUUUUGCAACAGGAAAGUGCUUUAUAUUUGAGCUUAACGCGAAGGGUUGGUUCUUAUUGUGAACCCAAUGGGAGUCAUCGAGGGUCUUUACAUGAUUGUUUCUUAGUUCCGUAAAAUUACAUUCAUUCAUGCAGCUUUUGUUUUGAUGUAUACAAAUGUAUUGUUUCUCCUAAAAAAAGCAUGUGAUGUACGAUAAUAAACGAUACACGGAUACACAUUGUAAAUUCCU